AUGGUCAUCGCUACAGCCGAACACAAGGAUCACGUUCUCGACGAGUCAGCGGUGAGAAAAUCUGCAGCCGACGACCCUGUCUACCAACUACUACUGGCCAAAGUGUUGGCCGCGGACUGGCACCCACACAAGGCGCAAGAAGUGGCCUGCCUGCGCCCGUUCUAUGGCGUGAGGGACCGGUUGGCAGUCUCUCAAGACCUUGUCACAUACACCUUUGACCAGGGUUGUGUGCGACUCGUGAUUCCUGAGCCCCUCCGCCCACAGGUAGCAGCAAACUUACACGCUGGUCACCAAGGGCUAGAUUCCAUGCUGCGGAGGGCAAGGCAAUGUGUAUACUGGCCCGGGUUGGAAGGGGACCUGCAACACUACCGGGCGUCGUGCACGUCAUGCGAGACGCACGCUCCCUCUCAGCCCUCAGAAACACUCGUCAUCACGCCGCCCCCAGAGUACCCAUUCCAAUCCACAGUGGCGGACAUGUUUCAGCAUGAGGGGCACACCUACAUGGUCUACGCUGACAGGCUCACUGGAUGGCUAGAACUCGCCCAUUUCCCACACGGUGCUACAUCUAAUAAAAUCAAGAGUCAAAUGAGGCAGUACUUCAAGCGAUGGGGCGCCCCGGAACAGCUGUCCACUGAUGGGGGGCCGAACCUGGCGAGCGAGGAAAUGUCGGAAUUCCUCAAGAAGUGGAGUGUCAUUGCACGCCUGUCCUCAGCACAGUACCCACAGUCAAACGGGCGGGCCGAAGCAGCGGUCAAGACGGCCAAAAGAAUCAUCAGAGCCAACACAGGUAGUGGGGGCUCAUUGGACACGGACAAAACCUCCCUCGCUGUGCUGCAAUACCUUAACACCCCGCUGCGAUCUGUCAACAAGUCCCCCGCCCAACUUGCCACCGGAAGGCAGCUGCGUGAUGGCGUGCCAACAGCCCGACGACAUUACAAGGUGGACAGGCACUGGGGAAGGACGCUGCGUGAGAGAGAAGUGAAAAUGGGGGAGGAAGGCAACACCCUGAUGGCAACCUGCACACCCAGACAGCUCCGGCCCCUGUCCCCCGGCACACGAGUAAGGAUGCAGAACCAGGCCUGGGGCACGUGGGACCGCACGGGCUUGAUCGUGGAGGCGCUGCCCUACAGGCAGUACACCGUCAGGCUUGAUGGUAGCGGCCGAAUAAGUCUCAGGAACAGGAAGCAUCUGCGGCCCGUCGCUGAGUCAACCCCACCGCCCGCACCGCCAACCCUGCGCCCACCAACCCCGCCGGCCGCUCAACCAACCACGACACCCACACAAGUCUCAACCCCCACCCAACCUCAGCUACGCCCCGCACCCAGGAGGCAGGUGCGGCGACCGGGGUGGCUGAGCGACUAUGUGUAA